AUGUUUCUAGCUAAUUCGGCAGAAUUGGCCAAGGUGGAAGAAAGACCUGACACUCGCACUGGUCUUUAUCAACACAAUAAUUCUCGCUUCGGUACCGGCCCCGAUUCUGGCUCCCGCGACGGUCCUUUUGACGACAGUAUUCCAUGUGAGUCUCGACCAUGUCGCUGUUCUGUCGGGGUACCAGCUCCUACUGGUGGGAUGUAUCGGGUAAGAUUCAUUCUCCACCACGAGAGCUCGAGGGUCAAGGUGAAGUUAACUUCAGUAAGGCCGGUUGUAUCAGCACUGGCGCGGAAAUACGGCAAGAGACCCCAAUUUGUAUUCGCGGGAGUCAUGGGAAUCAUCGGCACAGCAGUCUGCAUCUCUGCAAAUACAGACUACGAUAAGCUCAUGGCUGGACGUCUCUUGCAAGGGUUUGGCACCACUGCUUUUGAAAGUCUAUCAGUCGCUGUCAUCGGCGAUCUGUACUUUGUCCACGAGCGACCGCUCCGGACAGGAGCCAUCACGUUGACCCUGACCUGCAUUGCUUCGCUGGUAUCGAUCAUUGGAGGCCCCAUAACAGCUAACCUGGGCUGGCGGUACCUGUUCAUCAUUCACCUACCAUUCGUCGUUGUCGGUGCGAUAGGGAUAUUUUUCUUCCUUCCCGAAACGCAAUUCAUUCGCACCUCUACGGCAUCCACCACUCAGCAGCCACAGAUUGGCAGAUCGUCGGCCUUACCAGAUGAGCGUUCCAUGGGCGUGAAACUCGCACAGACUGAGAAGAUAGAGAAUAUAAAUAAUGCUGACACAAAGAUUGAACCGGUCGAGUCGGAUACUGGAUCCUCAUCCCCGACCAUGCGGAAGAAAACCUACAUGCAAGAGCUGGCGCUGUUCUCUGGAAAGUACACUGAUGAAAGUAUUGUCAAGUUGCUGUUCACUCCUCUAGCUGUUCUUCUCAACCCGGCUGUCAUAUGGGUGGGUCCCCGGAGCCUGGAAUAUCCUCCAGAUCAGUUUGAGGCGUAUGAACUAAUGUUGGCAGACCCUCCUCGUUGCUGGACUUGCAGUGCAUAUAUCAUCGCACAAAUCUGGUCCGGGCCGCCUUAUCACCUGACGCCUGCGGGCAACGGCUACUUCUUUGUUGGCGGUCUCCUAGGUGGCAUCAUUGGUGGUCUUCCUGGUGCAUAUAUCGUCGACGUCAUCACGAAGGCCUUGAUCAGACGCAACCAAGGCACCUACGAGCCCGAGUUCCGCAUUCCCGCUCAGAUCGUCAGCGUCAUGUUGUAUGCCCUGGGCUGGUUCCUUUGGAUGUGGGAUGUUGAGCAUCCUACCCCUAAAGGCUACUUCCUCGGCGCAUUCUGUCAUGGUUGCAUAUGUGCCGGCAUAACUGUCGCGACUGUCAGUGCUAAUUUGUACAUCUUGUGA